GAUGGAUGGAGCACAGCAAGGCAGCAGGGAGGGUGAUGGGUCUCCCCCCACCCUCUGCAGAGCCCCGGCACCACAGGGGACCCCCCCCCCCAGCCGUCCUGCUCCCCUCAGGGACCACGCUGGGAGCCCCACGUGUGGGGCUGGGCAGGGAGAAGGAGAAACCCCCCCAAACCCCCCCAGCUCUGCCCCUGCCCUGAGAGCAGCAGCGACACUGCAGCCGGCCCCUCCAGCCUGGCCCCUCGGCGCAGCGGUGCCAGCCGGUGGCCUUCGUGCCCCCGGGCCGUGCUGGGGGGCGGUAAUGAGUGACAGGAGCUCAGGGCAAGGUCCGCUGCCUGCCCGUAAACAAGUGGCGGGUUUUCCCGGUGCACCGGCGGAGCGGGGCUGCCCUUCAGCCCCGGCAGCACCGCAGCGCCGGGCGGCUGCGGGGCCAGACCCGCUCGGCCACGGCCGGGGGCAGCUGGAGCCGGGGAGCCUGGGCACUGCCAGCUCGUCCCCACCACGCGAUGCCCUGUGUCACCCCGGGCUGUGUCACCACGGGCUGUGCGCAAGGCAUUUUCAGAGACUGAAGGGAAAAAUAAAAAAAAUAAAUUAAAAAAAAAAAAAAAAGCAUGGUUGCCCUCCACCCACCUCCAAACUCAGGCAGCGCCCUUGGUGCAGCACAACCACCUCGCGCCGUCAGCGCGUCCCUGCCUGCCGUGAGCCCCGAGGCCGACCUGAACCCCAAGAUGGUUGUGCCCGUUGCUGGCCAGGGCCACCUCCUGGGCCGGGUGCCACAGAUGCCCCGGGUCUGGUGUGAGACGGGGGCAGAGGGGGCUGUUGUGGUGAGCUCGUCCUAAAAUAACAGUAAUAACACCCCCCACCACCACCACCACAUUGUGCUUAAAUAUUAAGGAUAUAAUGGAUUUGGAAAGGGGAAAGAAAAACAAGUGGUUUUGGGGCAGCACCCAGUGCGGCGGAGGAGGAGCGUGCUGCUCCAGCGCCCACCGGGCACCCUGGGGCCAGACUGAAGUUCAGUGGGGGGGGGGCGGCCACCCUCGCCCCCCCUAGUGUCCCCCCGGCACGGCCAUCGCCCGCCUCCCGCCUUCAAAAGCAGCGGCCGCCGGGCUGCGCCGCCCCGCAGCACCAUGGCGGGGGGGCCGGAGGCCGGCCAGGAGUGCGGGAUCUGCUACGAGGCGUAUUGGGGGGCCGGGGGGGGCCGAGCCCCCCAGCAGCUGUCCUGCCGCCAUUCCCUCUGCCUGAGCUGCCUGCGCAAGCUGGUCUGCCGCGCCGCCGCCGUCGCCUUCGUCACCUGCCCCUUCUGCAGGACGGUGACGCUGGUGCCCGAGCUGGCUCGGGGUGGGCCCAGGGCGACGCCGGCCUCGGGGACCCCCCCCGGGGAGGAGGAAGAGGAGCAGGAGGAGGAGGAGGAGGAGGAGGAAGGCAGCGGUGCCUCUCCAGACACUCGCCAAGCCUCGGCGCGCUCCGUGGCCGCGGAGGUGGCGUUUGCGGCUCACGCCCCCGUCUUCGCAGUGAGCGGCAUGGUGUCCCCCUGCGGCCUCCGCCGCGGCUCCGAGGCGCCGGGCGCCUUCGUGCUGGGGCUGCCGGGGCGGGGGCUGCUGCUGGACACGCAGCCCCCCCUCGCCUCCAUGGAGAACCUGCGCCUUGGCUUCGCCGCCGGCAUCCUCGUCCUCAUCGUCUCCACCUUCUUCCUGCUCGUCUUCCUCAAGUAGGUCCAGACGGAGGAGAGGGGCUCCCAGGCCCGCAGCGCAGCCGCCCCCGACGCCUCCCCGGGGGCAGCCGGGACGGACCCGGCGCUGGGUCAGAGACUUCUCAGGCCACGGACGGCUCGGCAGGGAGAGGGCCAAGGCCAGGGCUCAGCACCUCGCAGGAUCCAGCCCCGGCAUGUGGGGCCCGCAGGACACUCGGCUGCCCCACACACAAACCCCGGGGCAUCAGACUCUUUAAAAAUUAACUUAUUGCAGCACUUUCCCUCGCCCCCCCCGGGGUCUGGCUGUGCUUACGUUGAGUUCAUGUUCCCGGCCACUCCAGACCCCCCGGCAGCAGCUCGGCAGGUGUGGUGGCACGGGGCCACGCACGCGCCCCGGUGUCACAGUCCCAGAGGCUGGAACCCCCCCCCGGGCUGUGCUUCAGCCCAUCUCAUCAGGUGAAAGGGAAGGGGAAGGAGCCCAUCGCGCUUUUCUGUGGGUAAAACCGUGCAAAAGCAAUUAAACAGGCCUUCCCCUUGAGAGGAGAGCCUGGUGCUGCUGCUGGGGAAGGGCACGGCCCCGCAGAGGUGUGAGCCAUUAAAGACAGACAUGGGCCCAGCGCUGUCUCUGGUUGUUUUUCUGUGCACUUGAGCAGGGAGAGUUUGGCACCAAGAUCCACGCGUGGCCGGGCCGGGG